GUUUGCGCCCAGGCUCGAGGUCCUGGCCAGGUCCCAGCCCCUAGACAAGUUCGCCCUCGUUUUGGGGCUGCAGCAGUUGGGGGCCGUCGUGGCAGUGACUGGCGACGGGGCCAACGACGCGCCUGCGCUGAAGACUGCGGACGUGGGCUUCGCCAUGGGGGUCACAGGGAAGGAGGUGGCGAAGCAAGCAGCAGAUAUUGUGCUGCUGGAUGACAACUUCGAAAGUUUAGUUUCUGCUGUCAAGUGGGGCCGCAGCAUUUAUGCAAACAUUCAAAAGUUUUUGGAGUUUCAACUCACCGUCAACGUCGUGGCAGUCGUCACUUCCCUCGUUUGCGACUGCGACAGCGCCUCUCCGCACAUUUUGCGUUCUGGCCGCCGCUUUUAUCCUUUUUCUUCAAAUGAGGAUUAUAAGAAUUCCUGGAGAGUCACAAUUGGACCUUCUCGCCAUUACACUCUCAUCUUCAACGCAUUCGUCUUUAUGCAGGCAAGCAGCAGCAGCAGCAGCAGCAGCAGCAGCAGCAGCAGCAGCAGCAGCAGCGGGAGCAGCGGGAGCAGCAGCAGGGGUAGCGGGAGCAGGGGGCGAAGCGGCGAGGCAGAGGCAGCAGCAGUGACUGCAGCGGCGGCAGUGAUAGCGGCAGCAGCAGCAGCAACGAUAGCAGCAGCAGCAGCAAACACAGCAGCAGCAGCAGCAGCAGCAGCAAAGAUAGCAGCAGUGGAAGCACAGGCAGCAGCAGUGGCACAAUCCGUGGCAGCAGCACGAGCAGCAGCAGCAGCAGCAGCAGGCGCUGCAGCGGCCGCUCGUGCGGGCCGCCGGCCACUGGGAAACAUGUUCAACGUGCGGCGCUCCGGCUCUUCCCUCAAUGUCUUCAAGGGUUUAGGAAAGUCCCAAAUGUUUUUGGGAAUUGUUUUAUUCAUUUGCUGCUUCCAAGUCCUCGUGGUGGAGUUGGGGGGGCUGCCUAUGUCCUGCACCUUCGGCGGAAUAACCGCGCUGCAGUGGCUCAUCUGCGUGCUGCUGGGGGUGGGGUCGGUGGUUGUGGGGGCUUUGCUGCUGCUGCUGCCUUACAGCCGUUUGCCGCAAACUGGAAAGCGAGAAGUUGAUUUGCUGCAGGAGAGCCGCAGCAUUGCCCUUGCUUCCAGAGGAAGGUUGUCUACGGAGCGGCUGACAAACCGCAUGGGCUACUCCACCUCUUCCCGCCUUACUCAGGAGCACCGCAAACAAAUCAUGUCCGUGUUGAGGGGGGCCCCUGCAGCAAACCCCGCAGCAGCUGAGGCCCCAGUUGCUCCGCAGCCAGAAGGCCAAAACCUCCAUUCGAUGGUUUAG